AAAAAAAAAUGAAGAUGUACCCAAAAUCUGACUCAGACAUGACAAGCCUCGACCUAUCAUCAUCACCAAAACGUCCAGCUUAUUACGUUCAAAGCCCAUCACGUGACUCGGACAAGUCUUCCUCGGUGGCACUGACUCGUCAGACCACUCCUACAGAGUCACCUUCACACCCAUCGUCGUUUGCUAGCCGCAUCUCUAGUGGCGGUGGAGGAGGAUUCCGGUGGAAAGGACGGAGGAAAUAUCACGGCGGAAGAUGGUCGCCGGGUGAUCUUAAGGAAGAAAGUGGCGAUGGACGGUACGAGGAUGUUUAUGGGGACAAUAGAGGAAUCUCAAUUGCUACUUGUAGACUUAUUUUGGGAGUUGUUGCGACAUUGACACUCUUUUCUCUUCUCUGUUCUGUUCUCUUUGCCGCUUCUCAAUCCUUUUCUCCAAAUGUAUACGUCAAGGGUGUGAAUGUGCAUAGUUUUUACUACUGGGAAGGUUUAGACAACACAGGAGUUCCGACAAAGAUCAUGAACAUCAAAUGUACAAUGGUUUUCACAACACACAAUCCUUCUACAUUCUUUGGCGUUCACGUCAGUUUCUCUGCUGUCAAACUCAUAUACUCUCGUCAAUUCACGCUUGCCAUUGCUCAGCCAAAGAGUUAUUACCAACCAAAACAGAGCAACCACACGUCUAGGAUCAACCUCGUUGGCUCCAAUGUUCCACUCUACGGUGCAGGAGCGGACUUAGCUGCUUCAGACCACAAUGGAGGAGUUCCCGUGAAGUUGGAGUUCGAGAUUCGAUCAAGCGCUAAUAUUGUCGGAAGCUUAGUCAAGUCUAGGCAUCGGAAACAUCUCUCUUGCUUGUUCUUUAUCUCCUCACACAACAACACGUUUGUAAAAUUCACCAACAAGACUUGUAACGAAUAAUUUUUGUUUUCAUUUAUUUUUGUUAUUCAUUAUAAUACUCAUCCGGUUCAGUA